CACACACGUUUGGCGCCUUAAGUCGGGCUCUCCCGGACGGGAGCGGCCCCUCCCAGGCGCUGGUGUCUACGCCGCCCCUGCAGCCUUGUCCCUGCUCCGGGGGGACCCUGGGUCUCCGGGGCACAUCGCUGCUCCUCGGCUCUCUCAGGCCGACAGAGAUCGGGCCGCAAGGGCAGCUCAGAGAGGCGGGGACAGGCGACAGCAGCACAGAGCAGCCUCUCCUGGGCCGGCCCGAGCGGGGGUCUCGGUGCCUGUGAGGAGGCAGGGGUCGCUCCGGGCCCGGUGCCCCUAGUGUCCCGUCCGGGUCCCAGCUGGGGCGGGGCGCGCCCAGCGUUUCCGGGAGGAGCGGCCCUGGCGAGAGGCAGGUGCGGCCGUGCAGCUCACAGCUUUCAGGAGUCGCCUUCCUCAUCACCAGCACCUGAAGGCCAGGCUGAGGCCCCCUGUUCCCAUGGCCAGCCUGGGAGAGCCUGAGGCUGAUGAGGCCCAGGAGGAGGUGGCGGAACUGGAGGGAGGUCCUGCAGAGCCCCGGGCUGCCAUGCUGGAGCAGGCCCAGGAGCUGUUUCUGCUAUGUGACAAGGAGGCCAAGGGCUUCAUCACCAGGCACGACCUGCAGGGUCUCCAGAGCGACCUCCCCCUCACGCCUGAGCAGCUGGAGGCCGUGUUUGAAAGUCUGGACCAGGCUCACACUGGCUUCCUCACCCCCCGCGAGUUCUGCCUGGGCCUGGGGAUGUUUGUGGGGGUGCAGUCGGCCCAGGGAGAAAUCCCCGGCAGGGCUCCCGAGGAGACCUUUGAGUCAGGCUGGAUGGACGUGCAGGGCACGGAGGGCUCUCUGGACGAGGAGGAGGAGGAGGAAGAGGAGGAGCGAUUCCACACUGCGCUGGAGCAGCUGGGGGUGGCCCCAGUCCUGGGCGAGCAGCGGGCUGUGAGGACGCUCUGGGCCCGGCUGCAGCGCGAGCGCCCGGAGCUGCUGAGCUCUUUCGAGGACGUUCUGAUAGGCGCGUCCGCCUGCCUGGAGGAGGCGGCCCGGGAGCGCGACGGCCUGGAGCAGGCGCUGCGGAGGCGCGAGAGCGAGCACGAGCGGGAGGUGCGCGCUCUGUACGAGGAGAUGGAGCAGCUUCGCGAGCAAAGCCGGCGCCCGUCGAGUCAGAGCUCCGCCGGCGAGGAGCGGAGAAGCCGCCUGGAGCUGGAGCUGCAGGGUCGCGAGCAGGACCUAGAACGCGCGGACCUGCGGCAGCGGGAGUUAGAGCAGCAGCUGCGGGCCCGGGCUGCGGAGCACCUGGAGGCGCAGGCCCAGAACUCCCAGCUGUGGCGGGCGCACGAGGCGCUGCGGGCGCAGCUGGAAGGAGCGCAGGAACAGAUCCGCAGGCUGGAGGGCGAAGCGCGAGGCCGCCAGGAGCAAACCCAACGAGACGUGGUCGCCGUCUCCAGGAACAUGCAGAAGGAGAAAGUCAGCCUGCUACGGCAACUGGAGCUGCUCAGGGAGCUGAACACACGGCUGCGAGACGACAGGGACGCCUUCGAGGCCAGGCGGGCGGGCAGCAGCCGCAGGAAGGCUCUGACCACCGCCCGCCUGCCUGGGCCCACCUGCUGCUGUUGCUGCUGCUGGUCUCGGCCUCCCAGACGCGGCUCUGGUCACCUUCCCAGUGCCCGGUGACCGGCCCCGAGUGACUCACGGAGCGUCAGCUGGAAGCUGUCCUGGCAGGAGACUUGUCAUGGGUUGGGUGGUGCCUACUCAGGGUGCGGGCUCUCCCCAGGGGGCCCCAGGCCUGCCUGACCGAAGACAUAAAGAACUAGCCUGGGGGUGGUCAGGGGCCUGGGGGUGGUCAGGGGCCUGGGGGUGGUCAGGGUCCCAUGUGCCCUCUGCCAGUUCUUCAUUCUGUCCCCAUUCAAUCAACCCCAUCUCAGUUCAGCAGAAACACCCCUGGUCAAAUAAACCCACUGCCUGCCCUGCAUCCUCCUGGCCUUCGUGCCUCUGGGAGCCGCAGCCUGGGUGGGUGUGCACACUGCA